AUGUCUGAAACUCACAGCAGUCCUCUUCUGGCAGAGCCUCUUUCCAGCAGAUACAAACUCUAUGAGUCAGAGUUAGCCAGCCCUACCUGGCCCUCCAGCCCUCAGGAUACACACCCCGCCCUGCCCCUCCUGGAAAUGCCUGAAGAAAAGGAUCUUCGUUCAUCCAACGAAGAGAGCCACAUCGUGAAAAUUGAAAAACCAAAUGAAAGGAGUAAAAGGAGAGAAAGCGGGGCAGCCCCCCGGGGCUCAGCAGGCCGGGGAGGCAUCAGCCUCUUCCAAGCAGUGAGCUACCUGACAGGCGAGAUGAAGGAGUGCAGGAACUGGCUGAAAGAUAAGCCACUGGCCCUGCAGUUCACAGACUGGGUCCUAAGGGGGACUGGUCAGGUGAUGUUCGUCAACAACCCUCUCAGCGGGUUCAUCAUCUUCAUCGGGCUCCUGAUUCAGAAUCCCUGGUGGACAAUUGCUGGGGGUCUGGGGACAGUGGUCUCGACCUUAACUGCCCUUGCCUUGAGCCAAGACAGGUCCGCGAUCGCCUCUGGACUCCACGGAUACAAUGGGAUGCUGGUUGGACUGCUGAUGGCUGUGUUUUCCAAGAAGUUUGACUAUUACUGGUGGCUUCUGUUUCCUGUGACCUUCACCGCCAUGGCCUGUCCAGUUCUUUCUAGUGCCUUGAACUCCAUCUUCAGCAAGUGGGACCUCCCAGUUUUUACACUGCCCUUCAAUAUCGCGGUGACCCUAUACCUGGCAGCCACAGGCCACUACAACCUCUUCUUCCCCACGACACUAGUGGAGCCUGUGUCUUCAGUGCCCAACAUCACCUGGACGGAGAUCGAAGUGCCCUUGCUGCUACAAGCCAUCCCCAUCGGGGUCGGCCAGGUGUAUGGCUGCGACAAUCCCUGGACAGGUGGCGUAUUCCUAGUGGCUCUAUUCAUCUGCUCACCACUCAUCUGCUUGCAUGCAGCCAUCGGCUCCAUCGUGGGGAUGCUAGCAGCCCUGACAGUGGCCACACCCUUUGAGAUGAUCUACAUGGGCCUCUGGAGUUACAACUGUGUUCUCGCCUGCAUCGCCAUCGGGGGCAUGUUCUACGCCCUCACUUGGCAGACCCACCUGCUGGCCCUUGUCUGCGCCCUGUUCUGUGCAUACAUGGGAGCAGCUCUCUCCAACAUAAUGGCAGUGGUUGGUGUACCACCAGGCACCUGGGCCUUCUGUCUCUCCGCCCUCAUCUUCAUGCUCCUGACAACCAACAACCCUGCCAUCUACAAGCUGCCCCUCAGCAAGGUCACCUACCCAGAGGCCAACCGCAUCUAUUAUCUGACCUUGAAAAACACUGAAGAAGAGAAGUCCCCCAGCGGCAGCAGCGGGGAGCAGCCAAUCAUCAUGAGCCCCAAGGCCGAUGAGGGCUCUGAGGCCGUGCUCCCUAAGCCCAGGAGUGUGUUCCACAUCGAGUGGUCAUCCAUUCGGAGGAGGAGCAAAGUGUUUGGGAAAGGUGAACACCAGGAGAGACAAACCAAAGACUCUUUCCCCUAUCAGUACCGGAAGCCCACACUCGAGUUGCUGGACCUGGACACCAUGGAGGAGAGCGCCGAGAUCAAGGUGGACACGAGCAUCUCCAGGACUUCCCGGAUGCAGAGUUACCUGGCUGCCGGCGGGAAAAGGAUCAGCAGUGCCCUCAGUUACGUCACCGGAGAGAUGAAGGAGUGCGGAGAGGGGCUCAAAGACAAAUCCCCCGUCUUCCAGUUCCUGGACUGGGUGCUCCGGGGCACGUCUCAGGUGAUGUUCGUGAACAACCCCCUCAGCGGCAUGCUCAUCAUCCUCGGGCUCUUUGUGCAGAACCCAUGGUGGGCCAUCUCAGGCUGCCUGGGCACCGUGAUGUCCACCCUGACAGCCCUCAUCCUCAGCCAGGACAAGUCAGCCAUCGCAGCCGGACUGCAGGGCUACAACGGGGUGCUGGUGGGGCUGCUGAUGGCCGUGUUCUCAGACAAAGGUGACUAUUACUGGUGGCUCCUGCUCCCAGUCAUCAUCAUGUCCAUGGCUUGCCCCAUCCUCUCCAGCGCCCUGGGCUCCAUCUUCAGCAAGUGGGACCUCCCAGUGUUCACACUGCCCUUCAACAUCAUGGUGACCCUGUACCUGGCAGCCACAGGCCCCUACAACCUCUUCUUCCCCACAACCCUGCUGCAGCCUGCCUCCUCGGUGCCCAACAUCACCUGGUCGGAGGUCCAAGUGCCUUUGCUUUUGAGAGCCAUCCCUGUUGGAAUCGGCCAAGUGUACGGCUGCGAUAAUCCCUGGACUGGAGGCAUUUUCCUCAUAGCCUUGUUCAUAUCAUCACCUCUUAUUUGCUUGCAUGCUGCCAUUGGAUCCACCAUGGGGAUGUUAGCAGCUCUCACCAUCGCAACCCCCUUUGACUCCAUCUACUUCGGCCUCUGUGGCUUCAACAGCACGCUGGCCUGCAUCGCCAUAGGGGGCAUGUUCUACGUCAUCACCUGGCAGACGCACCUCCUGGCCAUCGCCUGUGCGCUGUUUGCAGCCUACCUGGGUGCUGCCCUGGCCAACAUGUUGUCUGUGUUUGGAUUACCGCCCUGCACCUGGCCCUUCUGCCUCUCGGCGCUAACCUUCCUGCUCCUGACGACCAACAACCCCGCCAUCUACAAGCUUCCGCUCAGCAAAGUCACCUACCCAGAGGCCAACCGCAUCUAUUACCUGUCCCAGGAGAAAAACAGAAGACCUUCAACCAUAACCAAGUACCAGGCCUAUGAUGUCUCCUAA